GUCCCUCACUCUUUAACGGUCAGUAGCCGGCGAUCAGUGUGUGCGGGAGCAAGAGUGUGAGAGUGAUCACUAGCUAUGGAGGGCAAAGAAGAGGAUGUUCGGCUUGGGGCCAACAAGUUCCCGGAGAGGCAGCCGUUAGGGACGGCGGCCCAGAGCCAAGAUGGCAAGGACUACUCGGAGCCGCCACCGGCGCCACUCUUUGAGCCCGGUGAGCUGACCUCAUGGUCCUUCUACCGGGCCGGCAUCGCUGAGUUCAUGGCCACCUUCCUUUUCCUGUACAUAAGCAUCUUAACGGUCAUGGGCGUUGCCAAGGCCCCGACGAAGUGCGGGACAGUUGGGAUCCAAGGUAUCGCAUGGGCCUUCGGUGGCAUGAUCUUUGCCCUUGUCUACUGCACUGCCGGCAUCUCAGGGGGGCACAUAAACCCCGCAGUGACACUGGGGCUCUUCCUGGCGAGGAAGCUGUCACUUACCCGGGCGCUGUUCUACAUGAUCAUGCAGUGCCUCGGCGCUAUUUGCGGGGCUGGAGUCGUGAAAGGAUUCCAAAAGACCACGUACCAGAUGGUGGGCGGCGGAGCCAAUUUUGUCAACCCUGGCUACACCAUAGGUGAUGGCCUCGGGGCCGAGAUCGUGGGCACCUUUGUCCUCGUCUACACUGUGUUCUCUGCCACCGAUGCCAAGCGAAGUGCCAGAGACUCCCACGUCCCGAUUCUGGCUCCGUUGCCAAUCGGGUUUGCAGUGUUCCUGGUGCACUUGGCCACCAUCCCCAUCACCGGAACAGGCAUCAACCCGGCUAGGAGUCUCGGCGCUGCGAUCAUCUACAACCGUGACAAGGCAUGGGACGACCACUGGAUUUUCUGGGUGGGACCAUUCAUCGGGGCAGCACUUGCAGCUCUCUACCACCAAGUGGUCAUAAGGGCCAUGCCAUUCAAAUCCAAGUGAUCAUAUUCACAAAUAUGGCUCUUCUUGAAGUAACUGAAGCCCUUUGUAAUUUUCUUUUUAAUUCCUUUUUCUUUGCUUAAAUUGAAGUCUUCUUGUUUGCUUCUACCUCAAGAAUGCAAAAUGAUAUGAUCAUUUUGUCA